AUGUUUUGGUAUACUGCAAGCUUGAUUUGUCAUCAUUCGAGGGCUGCUCGAAUGUGGAAUAGGGCUACCUUUCGAACCAUCAUGAUAGCUUGCGUAAUCAUGCACAACAUGAUUAUGGAGGAUGAGCGUGCCAAAGAUGAAGAAGAUUUAGAUGUAAAAGAAGUUGACCCAAUGAACCCAAGGAAAGCAAGAAUAUAUGAGCGACCAAAUGAUGAAGAAUUUGAGAUAGUGGGUAGAGAUGGACAAAAUCUUGAGGUUGAGCAUGAGUACUAG